AUGGAAGAAUAUAUUAAUAGUUUAAAUGAGGGAGAUGAAUCAUAUUGUCUUCAUGAAGGAAAAUAUUACAAGAUUAAAAUCAUUUCUAUAAUUGGAUCUGGAAGUGAUAAAUGUUUUAAGAUUCAUUAUGAUGGAUGGAAUUCAAGACAUGAUGAAAAUCUAUCAUUUGAAGAAGCAUUAAGUAGGAUCAGUCCAACAUACAUUCAAAUCGAACCACCAUUAACAGCAGUGGAGGAAGCAAUAAAUGUUGCCAAACCAAUAGAUGAAUUAAUUGACAAAGAAAGUUUAUCGAUGGAACUUCAAUUAGCUUAUGCAUUGUAUGGAGAUAAUAAAAGUGGCAGUGAAAAUGAAGGACAAUCUCCAAAAGAAUCUCUUGAAAAUGUACCAAAAUUUUGUAAAUAUAGCUCAAUAACAUCACAAUCUUGGAGUGAUGUAUAUUUUUGGAGUUUACCAAAAUAUUUUUUGUUUUAUUGUGAUUUUACUUUUCAUGAAAAAUUUAUUUGUAAUGAAGAUAGAGCAUUUUUGAAAGAAAUAAAAAGCAUGAAUUUGAAUGAUUCAGUUAAAUAUUUUGAUAUGAAUAUUGUAAAAGAGAAUGAAGAAGAAAUACUUAAUCAUUUAGUGUGCCCUCAUUGUUCUGCUUUAUAUAAUGAAGAUGAAUAUCCUUCAUUAAAAGAACAAAUAACCAGUGAAUUAUUAUACGUUCCUAAAACUUUAAGAAAAAUUGUUAGAAAAGUAUCAAAAUUAAAGAAAAGUUUAGGUGUCAUUAAAUUACCUACAAAAAAUUCUGUUUUUCGAAUUUUAUAUGAUUUUUACAAUGAAGAAAUUCGGGAAAAAAUUAUUCAAAACAUUCCAAUUUGUCCUUUAUAUAAAUAUGUAGCUCCAUCGAUUGAAGAACUAUUCAAAAGAUUAAUGACACUUCGAUUAUUGUUUGAUAUCUAUCUUCCAACAAAACUUCUUUAUCGUCAUGAACGAGUACAAUUAACUGACAGAUAUCAUCCUGACUUUCUAACAGCUUUGCUUAAACAGAGAUGUUACAUUGAAUAUUCAAGAUUAUAUGGUUAUGAACAUUUUAUAAGAUUUUUUAUUUCACUAAGGCAUGUUAUGUCAAAUAAGAAAAUUAAAGAAUUGCAUAAAUCUAAUGAAAGUAUUUGUUCUAGUGAAGAUGAAGAGGAAAAUGAAGAAGAUCUUAAUGAAGAUGAACAAGAGGACGACGUUUCAGAAUCAUCGAUUAACUUUGUAGAAAAUGUAAUUGAAGAUCCAACUGAAACACCUGGAUUUUUUAUACUAUGUCAAAAAAUACUUCGCUUUUUAGUUGAGAAGAAAGAAGUAUACUCUUUGAAACCUGAAGAAUAUACAUUCUUAGAUCCUUAUUUAGUUCGGGAAAUUGAUGAUGCAACUGUAUUCUCUGGAAAAAGACCAAAAGAAUCUGAACGUUUAAAAGUCUAG